AUGCGAGGAACAAACGCUCUAGAUGAUGAUUCCAUUUACUCAAAGCUCCCGAGCGAAAUUGCUGAUUUACGUCGUAAGGCUAAAGCUGCCGAUUUUAAGGCUAUGGUUUUGGAAAGGAUCAAGCUGUUCAAGAUAGUUGACAGUCAAGGAACAGACGUCAGUCAAUCAGAUAGAGUCGCCGCAUCCAAGUUGUUAGGUUUGGACGGAAAUGCGCCAGAAGAGGGGAAGACGAAAACAGAUGUUCUCAAGAAAAAAAUGACACUUGAAAGGGAGAUUGCAGAGUUGAUGAAGAGGAAGGCAGAGUUUGCGAAUCAAUUUCGUAUAUUGAAUGAGAAAUUGGAAGAGAGAUUGGAAGAGGUGGCGAGAAAAGAAGAAUUUAUUGAUGGAAAGAUAAAGAAAUGGACACAAAAGAAUUUUACGGCGCAUAUAACGGAGCGAUCUCAGAGAGAGAAGGGUGCUUUACAAGAAGCAGAAUCAGCAGCGUUGUUUAGAAGAGAAGAGGAGAUGCACGAAAGAGAAGCGGAGAUGCAUAGAAGAGAAGCGGAGAUGCUCCGAAGAGAAGAGGAGAUGCACGAAAGAGAAGCGGAGAUGCUCCGAAGAGAAAUGCAGGUCAUUGAAGAAGAGCAAAGCUCGUUACGAGUUCAAAGAUCGAGAGAAGCAGUAUUGUUUCCUUUUUUUUGA